AUGGGGGCAAAGGGCGAUGUUUUUGAUCUGUCGCUCCACGGGAGCGAUCAGAAUCUGUCCGAGCCUGGGUCACAGUCUGUCCUAACGAGCGGUGUUCCACGGAAGCGUCAGCGGCAGUCUGUACGAGACAUUGUCUAUGAAGUUGUGCUGCCGCCGGUCAGUGCAAAGCGGCUUAAAAAGCUGCAGAGCAGUCUCGAGGCUGCCGCCAACAAAGUUGCUUUCACGCAAGGCAUCUUCGACCUGUUCGACCGGCUCAGAGCAUGUCAAGGCAAUGAAGUCUCCACAACUCUCGAGGCAAGAUCCCCUUCGGACGACGCUGAGGUGCUCGAUGAUAUUGAAAUCAACCAUGGUGGGCCGGAGAUUUGGAGAUUUCGAAAUUUCUGGAAAUUUCUGAUGGUCGAUGAAGGCACGUUAUCUUUGGGAGUGUUACCCCAGGUUGGAUAUGUAUCCAAGCUCGAUUUCAGGUGGCUAUCGGAGAACGGCAGGUCUCUGCACCCGAAAACUGCAGAAAUAAUCGUCGCUGCGUUACCCAAAGCUCAAGAUAUGACAUGGGGGUUUUUGAUGCCUGGGCGCCGUUUGUUAAGCUUGCGCAAGGAAUUCAGGUCCGCGCUGGCCCAGCUGUUGUCAAAGACCCGGUUUCCAUCUGUGGAAAUCUUGAAGAUCCAUUUAGAGGAUGGCAACCUAUGCAAAGACAACUUCGAGCUUGAAUCAUACUGCGAGAAAGAAGAAGAGGAUGAUAUGAGUGGAUGUUGGAUUCUCUCUCCUAUUGCCUUUCUCGACGCCACCGAGACUGGAGUAGAGACUAUCAGUUCGACCAUGACCGAACUCCAUCUCGAACUCUCAGUAACUACACCCAGCGGUGAAUGGAUCAACACUGGAGAUCAUCCAAGAGAUGGAGAUGACGACAUUGAGGACUCGGACUCAGAUGUCUCGCAUGCAUCUUUCAACUCGGCGCACUCCGACCAUUCCGAUUUCGUGCCAAAGAAUGAGUGGCUGAGGGCAGACGGAAAGUUGCCGCAGAAUUGCUUCCGCGAUACGCCCGAUCCGUCAACCUUUGGCCCUUUGGUCCUCUCGCUUGUUCGUAUGGUCCCAAAGCUGCCAACCCUGAAGAAGCUUUCCUUCGAUCUGGGUGCCGGCGGAGGCGCGAUUGGGCAGUUGACCGUAACAAUUUGUGCUCCCAGAACGCCCAGUCGCCGCUCUGCCAGGCGGCCUCACCUCUCCCUCCCCAAGAAGAUUUCGGCGAGAGGAAUUUGCAGCGUCCAGGGUGGUAUGUCCUUGGGCUUGUCGACUUCAACCGUGAUUGGAGGAUGGGUGACGAGCUAA